AUGGAUGAAGUAAGUUUAUUAGAAGCUGGAGAUAAUUCAUAUAAACCUCAAAAAAGGUUAUUGUCUUUUUUAUUUAAACAUUUAAAUUAUCCAAUUCCCAGUGAAAAUGAAAGAAAACUACAUCCAAGAAAAGCAACUAAUUUUAUGUCCAAAAUUUUUUUUUGGUGGGUAACUCCAUUAUUGGCAAUUGGAUAUACAAGAACUUUGCAACCAAAUGAUUUAUGGAUUUUAACUGAUGAUUUAAAAGUAGAAAGCAACUAUGAGAAUUUUCAAAUGUAUCUUGAUAUGGAAAUUGCAAGAGCUUCAAUGGCUCAUAUUGAACAAAAAUGUAGAGAAAGGGAUGAAACAGUUAAGAAUUCUUCAGUACUGAAAGAGGAAGACUUAAAAGAUUUUAAAUUAACUCCUAAAAAUAUUGCAAUUGUUAUGUUUUUAACUUUAAAGAGAGAGAUCAUUAUAAGUGUUUUCAGUGCACUCAUAUCAUUCAUUUCUUUAGGAACUGUAUCGAAGGUUGGUGAGGGUAUUGGGCUCUCAUUUGGAGUUGUUACUAUGAUGUUUUUAAGUACUGUUUUUUUUAAUCAUUAUAUGUAUAUUGGAUCAGUUAUGGGUGCAAAAGUUAAAGCUAUUUUAACAAAAGCUAUAUUAGAUAAAUCAUUUAAAUUGAAUGCUGAGUCAAGACAUAAAUUCCCUCAAGGUAAAAUCACAAGUUUGAUAACUACUGAUUUAUCAAGAAUUGAAAUCGCAUGUAUGUUCCAACCUUUGUUGAUAUGUUUACCUGUUCCAAUUAUUAUUGCAUUGGCUAUUUUAAUUGUGAAUAUAAAAGUGUCAGGUGUUAUUGGUGUCGUUAUAUGUGUUGUUCUUGGGGAUAAUUUCAAUCGAAAAAUCAUGGAGGUAAGAGGUGAAGAAAUUGGUUUCAUUUUAAAAAUUCAAACUAUAAGAAAUGUUGUAUUUUCAUUAGCGAUGACGUUGACUGGUAUAUGCGCAAUGAUUGCUUUUAUAAUCUUGUAUGCUAUUCAAGGUUCAACCGGUUCUGCUGCAACAAUAUUUUCGUCUGUUUCUACUUUUGAGAUUUUAGGAAUGAUGGUUUUUUUCAUACCUUUAAUACUAGCAACUACUGUAGAUAUGGUGAAUGGGUUUAAAAGAAUCGGUAAGUUUUUGACAGCUCCUGAGGUCCAAAGAUAUGGAGGAUAUCACUUAAUAGAUAAUGAGAAUAGCGAUGAUUCAAUAACAUUAACUGAUGCGACUUUUAAAUGGGAUGUUUUCAGUGAUGAUGAAGAGGAUGAAGAUGAUGAAGAUAGAAAAAAAGAAAGAAAGGAAAAGGAAAAAUUGGAAAAGAAAGCCAACAAAAAGCUCUGGCGGAAUACUUCAAAAUUGAAAAAGAUUGCUAAAGAAAGUGAAAUUGAAAGACCAGUGAAACUUGAGUCAAGAACUUCAGGAAAUUCAAUUAAAAUGAAGGCAGGAGAUGAAAAAGACAAAGUAAGUGUUGAUCAUUUAGGUUUUAAUGAUCUUAAUUUAAAAAUUAGAAAGGGAGAAUUCGUAGUAAUCACUGGUGUUGUUGGAUCGGGUAAAACUUCAUUGUUAAAUGCGAUAGCUGGCUUUAUGAGAUGUGAUUCUGGUACGAUAGAUAUAAAUGGUUCCUUAGUUUUGUGUGGUACACCAUGGACUCAAAACAAUACAAUCAGAGAAAAUAUAACAUUUGGUACACCAUUUGAUCAAAAAUUUUAUGAUGAAACUAUUUAUGCAUGUGCUUUAAAUGUUGAUAUAAAUAAUGUGGAAGGUGGUGAUUAUACAGAAGUUGGUGAAAAAGGAAUAACAUUAUCAGGUGGUCAAAAAGCAAGAAUUAAUUUAGCUAGAGCUGUUUAUGCUGAUAAAGAUAUUAUAUUGAUGGAUGAUGUAUUAAGUGCUGUUGAUGCUCGUGUUGGCAAACAUAUCUUGAGUCAUUGUUUAUUGGGUAUUUUGAAAGAAAAAACAAGAGUCUUGGCAACUCAUCAAUUAUCAUUGAUAGGUCAAGCUGAUAGAAUAAUCUUUCUUAAUGGUGACGGAAGUAUAAAUAUUGGGCAAAUGGAUGACUUAUUAAAAACAAAUGCUGAGUUCGAUAAGUUGAUGAAACAUAGAAAAUUAGAAGCUGAGGAGAAAGAAGAGGUAGAGAAUUUAGUUGAGGAAAUUGAUUCAGGGAAUUUAAAUGAGAAAGGUUAUAGCUCCAUUUCUGAAUAUUCUCCUGUUAGUCAUGAUCCAACUCAAGAACUAAAUAGAAGAAUUAAUCUGCAAAAUAAAUCAUCUAAUGAGGAUGAAGAGUAUAAAGAUUACAAAUUAAAUAAAGACAAGUCAAAGGGAAAAAUCAUUGAACAAGAAGAGAGAGCAAUAAACAGUAUCAAAUGGAAUGUUUAUAGCAAUUACAUCAAAUAUGGAUCCGGAUAUCUAACAUCUGCUGGAUUUAGUAUCACAUUUGCAAUAUUAUUGGCCUUAUCUACAUUUCUUGAAAUUUUCACAAAUACUUGGUUAUCGUUUUGGAUUGCACAAAAAUUCCCAGGAAGAACAAAUGGGUUUUACAUUGGGCUUUAUGUUAUGUUUAACGUCUUGUGGGUCAUAAUGUUAACCUUCACAUUCAUUUUCCUAGUUACUGGUACAACUAUUUCAUCAAAGAAUUUAAACAUAUUGGCUAUAAACAGGGUCUUACAUGCACCUAUGGCAUUUAUGGAUGUUACACCAAUUGGGAGAAUUUUAAACAGGUUCACUAAAGACACUGAUGCUUUAGAUAAUGAAAUUACGGAGAAUAUGAAGAUGCAUUUAAUGGACAAGAAAGAUUUGGUUUUACUGAGUAAUGAUUUAUUGAAUCGAGCAAAUGAAGCUACCUAUGUUGUUAAUGCUAAUCAAAGAUGGUUAGGUAUUCACUUGGAUAUAUUAGCAAAUGCUGUCUUGUUAAUAGUUUCAUUACUUUGUGUUAAUAGAGUGUUUCAUAUUAAUGCAGCUGCUGUUGGGUUAUUAAUGAAUUAUACUUUACAAGUUACUGGUGAAUUAGAUAAUUUAAUUAGAACAUUCACACAACUUGAAAAUGAUAUGAAUUCAGUUGAAAGAAUUAUUCAUUACGCGUUGAAUUUAGAUCAAGAAGCUGGUUAUGAUUCUGGUAAGAUAACUACUUCAAAUUGGCCUGGUGAUGGAUCAAUUGAAUUUCAACAAGUUAAUAUGAAAUAUAGACCUGGAUUACCUUUGGUUUUGAAAGAUCUUUCCUUACAAAUUAAACCACAGGAGAAGAUUGGAAUAUGUGGAAGAACAGGUGCUGGUAAAUCAUCCAUAAUGACUGCAUUAUACAGAUUAUCAGAAUUAGAUUCAGGAAAAAUUUUAAUCGAUGGUGCUGAUAUAUCUUUACUAAAUCUUAAUGAAUUGAGAUCUCAUUUAUCUAUCAUUCCACAAGAUCCUGUAUUGUUUAAUGGUACUAUCAGAUCUAAUUUAGAUCCAUUCAAAGAAAAAAAUGAUGAAGUAUUAUGGGAAUCUUUAAGAAGAUCGGGUUUAUUAACUACUGAAGAAAUUUCAAAAGCUAAACUCAUACCAAAAGAUGCAGAAGAAUUACCAAAAUUCCAUUUAUAUCAAUCAGUAGAAGAUGAAGGUGAGAAUUUUUCAUUAGGAGAAAGACAAUUGAUUUCAUUUGCAAGAGCAUUAGUUCGUGAUUCAUCAAUAUUAUUCUUAGAUGAAGCUACCUCCAGUAUAGAUAUUUCAGCAGAUAAAUUAAUUCAAGAAACUAUACGAUCAGAGUUUAAGGAGAAGACAAUAUUAACUAUUGCUCAUAGACUACAUACAAUUAUUAAUUAUGAUAAAAUAUUGGUAAUGGAUAAAGGAACGUUAAAAGAAUUUGAUACUCCUUGGAAUUUGUUUAAUGCUGAAGGGUCUGUUUUUAGGGAAAUGUGUGAUAAGUCUAAUAUUGUUGCUGAGGAUUUUGAGAAGAGAGGUUGA